AGACUUUCUCCCUCUCUUCUUUUUAGAGCUCUCAUUCGUCGUACCCGUUCCCAUCUUGCCCGGCAUCCCCUCCCAACCCAUCGCCUCUCCCGCCCGGCCUCUCUUUUGGGGCUCUUCCGUAAGUUCAACUCAGUUCACUGACGGCCGUGAUGCAGACAAAGCAGCACCGACAUGUACAGCCGGCGAGUGCAUCCUAUAUCUCUUUCCGCUGCAAGUGCAGCGUGACGGAGCCGGGAGAUGAGCUGGUGUUGGUCGGCAGCUGCGGGGCCCUCGGCUGCUGGCGUGUCAGCAAGGGCCUGGCCAUGACGACAGACCAACAGACGUUCCCGCAGUGGACGCUUGCUGAGGAGCUGGUGCUGGCUGCCGGCGAAAAGCUCGAGUACAAGUACGCGAUCCGCAGGAGCGAUGGGCACAUUGAGUGGGAGCCACUUGAAGGUAUCGCGGUCGAUUGCAUGAGAGUGUCUGCAUCCAUCAACUUGACGGCCUUGUUAUUGCGAGUCAUGAAUGCAGGCAAUCGUUUGAUCCGGUCGCUGCCGACGGGCCAAUUCUCGCUGGACGACAGCUGGGGUACACAGAUAUGAACAUACGCACAAACACGCGUAUGCAGAGUGUCUCUGUUAAUCUCUCUGUGUGUGGGUGCAUGCAGGUGUGCUGCCGCCAUUCACCCUGAUGAAGGCCAAGUUUCCCCACUGCUCCACUUCCCACCGGCAGCAGCAGCCACAGCAGCAGCAGCACAGCCAGAAUCAGGAACAGCAUCCCUUCACAUACAUCUUCGCUGGCCGCUGCAGCUUCUAUCUGCUCAGCGUUGACGAUAUCCUCCGGCUCCGAGGCACAUGCACAUGCCUCAGAGACCUCUUUGAAGCCCCUCAGCUGCGGCAGCGGCUUAUUCACUCACUCAGCACACAGGCGGGGCUGCAACGGGUGGCCAGCAGACAGCCGCCAAUUCAGCUGCUCGCCUUUGACGAUGAGCAGAUGGAUGUGGCUGAGCUUCUGGCGGCUGUGUGUGUGAUUGAGGUGGGAGGUUCGGCUGAGAUCUCCGACGUGAUCGACCUGGCGGGGCAGUGCAAGUACUGCCCGUUGCCUGUUACCCUCACUGCGGCCGAUCUAUACCAAUACCCAAACAAGACGGCAAGCGUGAAAGGGAGGGGAUGGCCAGGAGGGAAUAUACCUGUCGCUGCAUGUGCUGUCUGUGCCUUCAUUUGAUGUGUGCAGGCGUAUUUGGCUUAUCCGCGUGUGCUGGCCCAGCUGUGGUUGGUCGGCCACCACAUCAACUUCGGCGACGGCAUGAUCCUUCGCCUGUUUCAGCAUGGGAACGUACUGCGGGCAUUCCGAGACGACGAUGGCUUCGAGCUUACAAUCAACCCGGACCUCCCAACCGGCAGCAUCUACCAUUUAUACCCGCAGGAUCGGCGAGAGCAGGACCCGCCCGUUUCCAGCAGAGUCGACUAUGGGAUAAUCCAAUCCGGCUCAGCUGAUUCAGAGUGGGGGCUGGUGCCGGGAAAUGCGGAGCUCCGUUAUGUGUCUGUGUCAUCAUUCGUGAAAGGUGUCAUUUUGACGCACUUCAGGACAAGCCAUCAGAUCGACUUUAUUAACACAGCAGUGGCCAGGUGAGUCGGGAGAUGUCAAGAAGAAGGUUGUCCAAAUACGCGUCUCCGGUAUGUUGGGUGUCAUUCGUCAGACAUACGGCAAAUGAUCGGCUGCAUACCCUUAUGACAUCAGUCGAAAGAUGCACCACCACCGUAACGUUUGGAGUCCUCCUCGUCAGCAGUCGUGAUUUUGCACUCACUGACGCCAGCCAGCCCUUUGUCGCGUGGAUUCAGCUUCAUGAUCCAGAUUACUUGUCUUUGCUGCAGCCCUAUAGUCAGUCCCUGCCGAUUAAUUCAUUACACUGUACAUCAUUCAUCGGCUUGCUCUUGUUUGUUUGUUUGUUUGUUUGCAUUCGUGCAGUCAGCGUGUCUGUCCUUGCAACUGAAGCAGCUGUCGGUGGUAUGAGUGCUGCCUUUGAGGACCGCUUCCCAAUGACCACCCGGCUGGCGCGCGUGAUGCUGGGGCCUGUCAUUGCAGCCAUCCUGUUUGACAGGCCCCACACUUUGACAGGCCCCACAGUUUGACAGGCCCCACAGGUAUGGAGAUGAAUGACCCAGCACAUCUUCACACAGGAUGCGACUUCUCCGCCUUCUCUGUCUCUUAGGUCAUGUGGCCCUAGUAUGGACUGCGCGGUGUAGGUGUUAUCUUGAGGCAUCGGCGGUAGACAGUCUGAUUGGAGACAUGCAGAGAAAAGUUUGUUGCAAGCCGUUGAUAGCGUGGCAGGACGUCUUAUUGUAUGUUUGCAUAGACAUUUUGAUCGACUCUGCCAGACUUUGCAGCUGCGCGUGGUGCUGGGCCUUGUCGCUGCAAUGUAUGCAGAUAAACGAAUCAACGACAAUCACAUAUGGAUGUCGGCUCGAAGUGAUAAUGGGACAACGAUCACGAUUUUUGCAUGAUUUGGAAGAGACAUGUAC